AUGCACGCCUUCUCGUCCCUGCUCGUUCUGGGUGCGUGCGCCGUCCAGGCCGUCCUCGGACGCCCCGAAGCCGAUCCCCGCGCUAGGCGGGAGGGCGCCCUGCUCCAGCGGUUCGUCGACUCGUUCAUCAGCAGCGAGACGUCCGUCGCUUGGAGCAAGCUGCUCUGCAAUGUCGGCCCCGACGGCUGCGCGGCGGCCGGUGCUGCGUCGGGCGUCGUGGUUGCGAGCCCCUCCAAGUCCAACCCGGACUACUGGUACACGUGGACCAGAGACGCUGCCCUCGUUCUCACGGGCGUCGUGGACUCGCUCGCCCGCAACUACUCGGCCACCUUGCAGAGCGCCAUUCAGAACUACGUUGUCGCCCAGGCCAAGCUCCAGGAGGUCUCAAACCCCUCGGGCAGCCUCGCCGACGGCGCUGGUCUCGGCGAGCCCAAAUUCAUGGUCGACCUGACGCCGUUCUCCGGCCAGUGGGGCCGGCCCCAAAGGGACGGCCCUGCUCUGCGGGCUAUCGCGCUCGCCCGGUAUGCCAAGUGGCUGAUUGGCAACGGCUACGCCUCAACGGCCAAGGACGUAGUCUGGCCCGUGAUCAAGAACGAUCUGGCUUACAUUGCCCAGUACUGGAACGAGACAGGCUUCGAUCUCUGGGAAGAGGUUCCCUGCAGCUCGUUCUUCACCAUUGCCAGCAACCACAGGGCUCUCGUCGAGGGCGCUGCUCUUGCCGCCCAGCUGGGCACCGAAUGCCGCGCCUGCAUCACUGCUGCCCCACACAUCCUAUGCUUUCAGCAGACCUUUUGGAAGGCUGAUGGCGGCUACGUUGUCUCCAACAUCAACACCGGCACGGCUCGGACUGGCAAGGACGUCAACUCUGUCCUGGCAUCGAUCCACACCUUUGAUCCGGCCGUGGGCUGCGACGCCACGACGUUCCAGCCAUGCAGCGACAAGGCCCUGUCGAACCACAAGGCCUACGUCGACUCGUUCCGCUCCCUCUAUCCCAUCAAUGCGGGCAUCCCCCAAGGCAGGGCCGUCGCCGUGGGCCGAUACGCCGAAGACGUCUACUUCAACGGCAACCCGUGGUACCUCGCCAAUUUCGCGACGGCCGAGCAGCUCUACGACGCCAUCUACGUCUGGAAGAAACAAGGCUCCAUCACCGUGACCCCGCUCUCGCUGACCUUCUUCCAAGACCUCGUCCCCUCGCUCGCAGCCGGCACCUACCCCUCGUCCUCCCAGACCUACCAAGCCAUCCUCUCCGCCGUCUCCGCCUACGCCGACGACUUCAUGGCCGUCGCAGCCAAGUACACCCCCGCGGACGGCUCUCUAGCCGAGCAAUACGACCGCGCCACCGGCGCGCCCACCUCCGCCGCCGACCUGACCUGGUCGUACGCGGCCUUCCUCUCCGCCGCCGACCGCCGCGCGGGCAUCGUCCCCACGCCAGGCUGGUCGGCCGCGGCCGCCCACGGCCCAACCCUCCCGAGCACCUGCGCCCGCGUCCAAGUCGCGGGCAGCUACGCCCCCGCCACCGCCGCGGCGUCCUCCGCCUCCCCCUUCCCGCCCAGCCAGACCCCCAACCCGACCGCGACCCCCCCGGCUGCUCCCGCACCUUUACCCUCGGGCUGCUGCGCCGCCGCGGACGCGGCGACCGUCUACGUCGCGUUCCACGCGCGCGUGGCGACCCGCUGGGGCGAGGCGGUGAGGGUGGUCGGCAGCGCGCCGGAGCUCGGCGCGUGGGACCCGGUGCGCGCAGUGCCGCUGUCUGCGUCCGCGUACUCGGCCGCGGAUCCGCUGUGGAGCAUCACCGUGCCGAUAUCAGCGGGCGCAGACGCGGCGGGCCGGACGGUGCUGUAUAAGUAUGUCAAGGUGCAGCCGGAUGGGAGCGUGGUGUGGGAGUCGGAUCCGGAUCGCAGGUUGGUUCUGGCUGUUGGAAGUGGGGAGGUAGUGCCGUGCCCGGCGCAGACGGUGAAUGGUACUUGGCGGUAG